AUGUUAUUUCCUAAUAGAACUAAAUAUAAAAAACAAUUUAAAGGUACUCUUAAAGGACAAACAACUAGAGGAAGUCAAAUUAUUUAUGGAAAAUAUGCUUUAAAAAGUUUAGAAGAGAAAAGAAUUACUUCAAAACAAAUAGAAGCUACUAGAAGAGUUAUCGUUAGAAAAAUGAAACGUUUAGGUUAUUUAUGGAUUCGUAUUUUUCCUGAUACUCCUGUAACUUCAAAACCAAAUGAAAAUCGUAUGGGUAAAGGUAAAGGAGCUGUAUCUUUUUGGGUUGCUAAAAUAAAAAGCGGUCAAAUUUUGUUUGAAAUAAGCGGUAUUUCUUAUGAAAAUGCUCAGAAAGUUUUCCAAGCAGGUGCUACUAAAUUACCUGUAGCUACUAAAUUUAUUUAUAAAUAA